AUGGGUGCCUGCUGCUGCUGUUCAUCAAGGGCGUCUGAGUCAGAUGGAUCACCAGUGCAUAUCUAUCAUCGACAAAAUUCUGAGGAGCAUGAACCCUUGUCUUCAGCUGUUGGUGGACCAUCUCCAACUCCUGCUAUAGUUGCAGUUGACACAAAUCUUGAUACAUCCUCUCUUGACACUUACCGAGCACCACCUGCACCUUUGCCUUAUGAUGUUUGCUUUGCAGUUGCACAAAAUCCUGAUUUGGAGAAGUCAGACAUUAAAAUCAAAACUGACGGGCAGCAGUCCCCAAAAGUGGAUGAAUUUGAGUCAUGCGAAAAAGGUGCCCCUGAGGAUAAGGCUGAUGAGGAGGAUGUUUGUCCAAUCUGUCUUGAAGGUAACUCUGAUAGAUGA